UAUAAAAAUGGUUCAUCACAGAAGAUUGGUUUCCCAACAUCAUACAAACAAACUUUAUGUUGAUUACAAAACAUUACAUUUUAAUAAGUGAUAUCUCGAUAAGAUAGUAGAGACUCGUGCAAAUACGCACUAGAUAGCAUCGCUACAUUUAAUCACGGAAUACUUACGUAUCAAUCUCAGUAAUGCUCAAAUGCAUUUCAUUGAGUGUUGUGUUUCGUGUAGAUUUUUAUUAUGGAUUCAGUGUACGAAAGAGCGCUAAAUGAAGUAGGUCAGAAUGGAAAAUUCCAGAUACGUUUCGACAUAGUUUACAAUUUAGUAUUCACAGCGUUAUGGGCUACGGCCUACAACAGCAUAUUGUUAGCGCUAGUUAUUAUACCUCAUUCGUGUGAACUUCCAAACAGACCUGAAAAUGUAAGUGCACUUGACUGGAAAUCAAAAUACAUACCCAUGGUGAAUGAUACUACUGGGAAAACAGUAUUCAGCAGUUGCCAAAUAUACGUAAACCCAGAUGAAAACAAUGUAACAAAAUCUUGCGAUGUUUACUCUUACAACAGAACUUGGUACGAAUCGACCGUUUCUUCUGAAAACAAUUGGGUGUGCGACGAUCAGAUUUAUGUAGCAAAUGUAUUCGCCUAUAGCAAAAUAGGCGAAGCCGUUGGAUCGGUCUUAUUUGGUUGGUUCGGUGACAUAUACGGCAGACGUUUAUCAUACAUUGUGUCCUUAGGCUUGUUAGUUCUUGGGAGAGUGGUAUCAGUAUUUAGUAGCCAUUUGUACAUUAUCUUCGUUAUUGGCUGUAUCAUCGCGUCGUUUCCAUCAUGGACUGUCGUGCAGAGUGCGACAGUGAUAUCUAUGGAAAUAUCGGCGCCCGACCGUCGGUCCACCAUAGCGACGCUGCGUACGAUCGGGUAUAGCGCGGGCAUGUGUCUGAUGCCGCUGCUGUAUUGGUGGCUACGGGACUGGAAGACUUUCAUGAUCGUCACCACGGCAACGCAAGUGCCGUUUUUAAUGCUCUCGUGGAAAAUUCUAGAAUCUCCUAGGUGGCUGUGGGUAGAAGGAAAAACUGAAUCUUGUCUCAAAGAGUUGAAUAAAAUUGCUAAAGUAAACCAUACAAAGCUAGAAGACGAGACUAAGGAGGAGAUAUUUAUAUCAAAAGCGACAAGUGUUCAAGCCAUUGGACCACUGUCUUUGUUCUCUGGUUGGCGAUUGGCAAUCAACACAAUUUUACAAUUAUACCUGUGGGUUUCCGUAAGCUUAAGCUACAUAGUGCUCUUACUAAGUUCUGGAGAGAAGACCGAUGCAAACCCAUUCCUAGAGUUCGCUUGGCAGUCCAUGGUGGAGCUACCAGCUACAUUCGCGGGCGCGUGGCUUGCUGACAACUUAGGGCGGCGAUAUGCGGGUGCCACGGCGUAUAGCGUCAGCGCCCUGAUGUGGAUCUUAAUGUCCUUCAGAUUGUACGGAACAAACACAUGGCUGCAAGAAUGGUGGGUAGGCUCCACGCUUAUAGUUGUAAACAGAUUUGCCAGUACGGUGUCAUAUUACGUCAUCUACCUGUUCAAUAUGGAGCUGUACCCAACUUGUCUGCGCCAGUCAGGGAUGUCUCUAGGAAACGUAUUCUCGAGCGGAGGCAGCGCUAUGGGAGCGUAUUUGAUGCACCUUGGUCGUCUAGAUGCCCGUAUUCCAGGAGCAGUUCUGUUCGUGGUCGCCUUACUAGGGACAGGGUCCACGCUCCUUCUCCCAGAGACCCUGAACGCCACGCUGCCAGAAACUAUACAAGAUGCCCGGGAGUUUGGGAGAAGGAAUAGAACUAAAUACGGCGCUAUUAAGCUGAAGACUGAACCAACAAGACAGAAUCCAUCAGAAAAAUAACAAUUGAG